AUGCCUAGCUUUUUAUCGCCAUACCGUGGUGAGAGGCACCAUCUAAAUAAGUUUCGUACUCAACGUCAACAACCAAGAAAUAAGAAGCAAAUGUUCAAUUACCGACACUCCUCACUGCGCAAUGUGAUUGAGAGAUACUUUGGUGUCUUGAAGGCUCAUUUCCCAAUUUUGAGAGACAUGCCUCCGUAUUCAACUAAGACACAGAGAUACAUCCCCAUUGCCUGUUGUACAAUGCACAACUGGAUAAGGAUACAUUCUCAAAGUGACACAUUGUUCGCUGAAUGGGCCAAUCCAGAUCGUAUUGUUGAAGAUGUUGGGCCAAGUGGAGGUGGUAGUAGCAGCUUGACACAUGCAGGAAGUAGUUCUCAGCAACCAAUUGAUGUAGACAUUAGUCAACCUCAACUACGUCAUAUGUCUGAUGUAAGGAAUCAAAUUGCUGGUCAAAUUUGGGAAUCUGUCAAAAACAAUUGA